AUGGUGGUGGUGGAGGGCGGCGGCGCCGUGGUGGGUGUGGCGGUGGUGGUGAGGGAGUACGACGCUAAGAAGGACCUCAAAGCAGUGGAGCAAAUGGAGAAUAGUUGCGAGGUGGGGCCUACCGACCAAAUGGCCCUUUACACGGAUCUCUUGGGCGACCCGAUAUCCAGGAUCCGCAACUCGCCUGCUCAUCUCAUGCUGGCUAUACGUUAUAUAUGCGGUGCUGACGUGUCACAAUUGGGUGUGCAGGUGGCGGAGAUGGUGGUUGUGGGCGGCGGGGGAGAGGAAAGAGAGAUAGUGGGGACGGUGAGGGGCUCCAUUAAAACCGUUACCUGUGGCACCAAACCACCCAGAAAUCCAAAUCCAAAUUCAAAUGAUAACUCUAAUGACCCACUCCCCAUUUACACUAAACUCGCUUACAUUCUCGGCCUUCGUGUUUCUCCAUAUCACAGGCGAAUGGGAAUUGGGCUGAAGCUUGUUCGCAAGAUGGAGGAAUGGUUCCGAGACAACGGCGCUGAGUACGCUUACAUGGCCACUGAAAACGACAACCAAGCCUCCGUCAACCUCUUCACAAAAAAAUUGGGCUAUUCCAAGUUCCGGACCCCGGCCAUCCUCGUCAGGCCCGUAUUCGCCCACCGGGCCCGGCCCGACCGCCGGGCCUCAAUCAUCCGCCUCAAUCCUUCAGACGCGGAAAAACUCUACCGCCGCCGGUUCUCUGCCACCGAGUUUUUCCCACGGGACAUUGAUGUCGUCCUUGGCAACCGCCUGAGCCUUGGCACCUUCCUGGCCGUGCCGGGCGCGUCCGGCGCGUGGACCGGCGUCGAGAGGUUCCUGGCGGCGCCACCGGAGUCCUGGGCGGUGGUGAGUGUGUGGAACUGCAAGGAGGUGUACCGUCUGCAGGUGAGGGGCGCGUCGCGCGUGAGGAGGAGGUUGGCGAGGGCCACGCGCGUGGUGGACAGGGCACUGCCCUUCCUGCGGAUACCUUCGGUGCCGGACGUGUUUGGGCCGUUUGGGUUUUUGUUUUUAUAUGGGCUUGGAGGGGAAGGCCCAGAAGCGGUGAGGAUGAUGAGGGCGCUGUGUGGGCUGGCCCAUAACAUGGCCCAGGAGGGUGGGUGCCAGGUGGUGGCGGCUGAGGUGGCCGGAGGGGACCCGCUCAGGUUAGGGAUACCGCAUUGGAAGAGUCUAUCGUGCGCGGAGGAUCUGUGGUGCAUCAAGCGGCUGGGGGAGGAAUACAGUGACGGCUCGGUUGGUGACUGGACAAAGUCGCCACCUGGACCAUCCAUUUUUGUUGAUCCUAGGGAGGUUUAGCUUUUAUUUGUUUUUUUAUUUUUUUCCUAACCAAUAGCGUGUUGUUUUUUAUUUUUAUUUUGUAGUUUGGCUAAACUAGGAAUAUAACUAGAAAAAAAAAUUGAAAAAAUGGAAAAAAAAAAUGUGGAUAAAUGUUCCCUUUUAA